GAGUGCCUGAUGGACGCAAGAAACUUCGAGGAAAGAAGAUGGCACCACUCAAAAUCAAGCUGGGGCUGCUGAGUGGAAAGAGGAAGAAGGCAGGCUCGUAUGUCCUUCAGGGUGACGAGGGCCCCGAUCCAGAAGCUGAGGAGUCAGACCUGGACAGUGGUAGCAUCCAUAGUGCCUCAGGCCGGCCUGAUGGCCCUGUCCGUGCCAAGAAACUGAAGCGAGGCCGGCCAGGAAGGAAAAAGAAGAAGGUCCUGGGCUGUCCUGCAGUGGCCGGGGAGGAGGAGGUUGAUGGCUACGAGACGGAUCACCAGGAUUACUGUGAGGUGUGCCAGCAGGGUGGGGAAAUUAUUCUGUGCGACACCUGCCCUCGUGCCUACCACCUCGUCUGCCUUGACCCUGAGCUUGACCGGGCUCCUGAGGGCAAAUGGAGCUGCCCCCACUGUGAGAAGGAAGGGGUACAGUGGGAGGCCAAGGAAGAAGAGGAAGAGUAUGAGGAGGAGGGGGAGGAAGGCGAGAAGGAGGAAGAGGAUGAUCACAUGGAGUAUUGCCGAGUGUGCAAGGAUGGUGGGGAGCUCCUUUGCUGUGAUGCUUGCAUCUCCUCCUACCACAUCCACUGUCUGAACCCCCCACUGCCUGACAUCCCCAACGGUGAAUGGCUGUGCCCACGAUGCACAUGUCCUGUGCUAAAGGGCCGUGUUCAGAAGAUCUUGCAUUGGCGAUGGGGGGAACCACCUGUGGCAGUGCCAGCACCCCAACAGGCAGACGGGAAUCCAGAUGUCCCACCCCCUCGUCCUCUUCAAGGCAGAUCAGAGAGAGAGUUCUUUGUCAAGUGGGUGGGACUGUCCUACUGGCACUGCUCCUGGGCCAAGGAGCUUCAGCUGGAAAUCUUCCACUUGGUAAUGUAUCGUAACUACCAACGGAAAAAUGACAUGGAUGAGCCCCCACCCCUGGACUAUGGCUCUGGUGAGGAUGAUGGGAAAAGUGACAAGCGCAAGGUGAAGGACCCUCACUAUGCUGAGAUGGAGGAGAAGUACUACCGUUUUGGUAUCAAGCCAGAGUGGAUGACUGUCCACCGUAUCAUCAAUCACAGUAUGGACAAAAAGGGGAAUUACCACUAUCUUGUGAAAUGGAAGGACUUGCCUUAUGACCAGUCUACAUGGGAGGAGGAUGAAAUGAACAUCCCUGAAUAUGAAGACCAUAAGCAAAGCUACUGGCGACAUCGUGAGCUAAUUAUGGGAGAGGACCCUGCACAGCCUCGAAAGUAUAAGAAGAAGAAGAAGGAGUUACAGGGAGAUCUGCCUCCCAGUUCACCUACUAAUGAUCCUACAGUGAAAUAUGAGACUCAGCCUCGGUUUAUCACAGCCACAGGAGGCACCCUGCACAUGUAUCAGCUGGAAGGGCUGAACUGGCUGCGCUUCUCAUGGGCCCAAGGCACUGACACAAUUCUGGCUGAUGAGAUGGGCCUGGGCAAGACCAUCCAAACCAUCGUCUUUCUCUACUCACUUUAUAAGGAGGGCCACACAAAAGGACCCUUCCUGGUGAGUGCUCCACUCUCUACCAUCAUCAACUGGGAACGGGAGUUCCAAAUGUGGGCACCCAAGUUCUAUGUGGUCACAUACACGGGUGACAAGGACAGCCGGGCUAUUAUUCGAGAGAAUGAGUUCUCCUUUGAGGACAAUGCCAUAAAAGGCGGGAAGAAAGCUUUUAAGAUGAAGAGAGAGGCUCAAGUGAAGUUCCAUGUUCUCCUGACAUCAUAUGAGCUGAUCACCAUCGAUCAGGCAGCGCUUGGCUCCAUCCGCUGGGCUUGUCUUGUGGUGGAUGAAGCUCAUCGCCUCAAGAACAACCAGUCCAAGUUUUUCAGGGUCCUCAAUGGCUACAAGAUAGAUCAUAAGUUGUUGCUGACGGGGACCCCACUGCAGAAUAACCUGGAGGAGCUCUUCCACCUUCUGAACUUCCUUACUCCAGAGAGGUUUAACAACUUGGAGGGCUUCCUGGAAGAGUUUGCUGACAUAUCCAAAGAGGACCAGAUUAAGAAACUUCAUGAUUUGCUGGGGCCACACAUGCUGCGGAGACUCAAGGCAGAUGUCUUUAAGAACAUGCCGGCCAAGACAGAGCUCAUUGUCCGAGUGGAGCUAAGCCCCAUGCAGAAGAAAUACUACAAAUACAUCCUAACUCGAAAUUUUGAGGCCUUGAAUUCUCGAGGCGGUGGGAACCAAGUGUCACUGCUCAACAUCAUGAUGGACCUUAAGAAGUGCUGUAACCACCCGUACCUCUUCCCUGUGGCUGCUAUGGAGUCUCCCAAACUCCCCAGUGGGGCUUAUGAGGGUGGGGCACUGAUUAAGUCAUCAGGGAAGCUCAUGCUGCUGCAGAAGAUGCUUCGAAAGCUGAAAGAACAAGGACACAGAGUGCUCAUCUUCUCACAGAUGACCAAAAUGUUAGACCUUCUGGAGGACUUCCUAGACUACGAAGGCUACAAGUAUGAACGCAUCGAUGGCGGUAUCACUGGUGCCCUUAGGCAGGAGGCCAUUGAUCGGUUUAAUGCUCCUGGUGCCCAACAGUUCUGCUUCCUUCUGUCCACCCGAGCUGGGGGCCUGGGCAUCAACUUGGCCACUGCUGACACUGUCAUCAUCUUCGAUUCUGAUUGGAACCCCCAUAAUGACAUCCAGGCCUUCAGCAGAGCCCAUCGAAUUGGCCAGGCCAACAAAGUGAUGAUUUACCGGUUUGUGACCAGAGCGUCUGUGGAAGAACGAAUCACACAGGUGGCUAAGAGAAAGAUGAUGCUGACCCAUCUGGUGGUGAGGCCUGGCCUGGGCUCCAAGGCCGGCUCCAUGUCUAAGCAGGAGCUGGAUGACAUCCUCAAAUUUGGCACCGAGGAGCUUUUCAAGGAUGAAAAUGAGGGGGAGAAUAAGGAGGAGGACAGCAGUGUGAUCCACUAUGACAAUGAAGCCAUUGCUCGACUGCUGGACCGAAACCAGGAUGACACCGAGGAUACUGACGUGCAGAACAUGAAUGAAUAUCUCAGCUCCUUCAAGGUGGCACAGUAUGUUGUGCGUGAAGAAGACAAGAUUGAGGAGAUUGAGCGAGAGAUCAUCAAGCAGGAGGAGAAUGUCGAUCCCGACUACUGGGAGAAGCUGCUGAGGCACCACUAUGAACAGCAGCAAGAAGACCUUGCCCGAAACCUAGGCAAGGGCAAGCGGGUCCGAAAGCAGGUUAACUACAACGAUGCCGCUCAGGAGGAUCAGGAUAACCAGUCAGAAUACUCGGUGGGUUCGGAGGAGGAGGACGAGGACUUUGAUGAGCGUCCUGAAGGGCGUCGACAGUCAAAGAGGCAGCUCCGAAAUGAAAAGGACAAGCCGCUGCCUCCACUGCUGGCUCGAGUUGGGGGGAACAUUGAGGUUUUGGGAUUCAAUACCAGACAGCGGAAGGCCUUCCUUAAUGCUGUGAUGCGCUGGGGCAUGCCACCGCAGGAUGCUUUCACCACACAGUGGCUAGUGCGCGACCUGAGGGGCAAGACUGAGAAAGAGUUCAAGGCCUAUGUGUCUCUGUUCAUGCGCCAUCUAUGUGAACCUGGGGCAGAUGGUUCUGAAACCUUUGCUGAUGGGGUCCCUCGGGAGGGGCUGAGUCGCCAGCAGGUGUUGACCCGCAUUGGAGUCAUGUCUCUCGUCAAGAAGAAGGUGCAAGAAUUUGAGCAUAUCAAUGGACGCUGGUCAAUGCCGGAGCUAAUGCCUGACCCCAGUGCUGACUCCAAGCGCUCUUCCAGGGCUUCCUCUCCAACCAAAACAUCUCCCACCACUCCUGAGGCUUCUACUACCAACAGUCCUUGCACCUCUAAACCUGCUACUCCUGCUCCAAGUGAGAAAGGAGACAGCGUAAGGACACCUCUUGAGAAGGAUGACACUGAAAACCCAGAAGAGAAGCCAGAGAAGAAUAGCAAAAUGGGGGAAAGGAUGGAGACAGAGGUUGAUUCUCCCAGCCCAGCCCCAUCACUUGGAGAACGACUAGAACCACGGAAGAUUCUGUUAGAGGAUGAAGCACCAGGGGUGCCUGGAGAGGUGGAGUCUGAACCUGGGUACCGAGGAGACAGAGAGAAGUCUGCCUCAGAGCCAACACCAGGAGAAAGGGGGGAGGAGAAACCGUUGGAUGUACAGGAACACAGGGAGAGACCGGAUGGGGAAACAGGGGAUUUGGGCAAGAGAGCAGAGGAUGUAAAAGCAGAGCGGGAGCUUCGACUUGGGCCUCCUCGAGAUGAGCCACGGUCCAAUGGGCGCCGUGAGGAAAAGGUGGAGAAGCCGAGGUUCAUGUUCAAUAUUGCCGAUGGUGGUUUCACAGAGCUGCACACGCUGUGGCAGAACGAAGAAAGGGCAGCCAUUUCCUCGGGGAAACUCAAUGAGAUCUGGCACCGAAGACAUGAUUAUUGGCUUCUGGCUGGGAUCGUCCUUCAUGGCUAUGCCCGGUGGCAAGACAUCCAGAACGAUGCUCAGUUUGCCAUUAUCAACGAACCAUUCAAAACUGAAGCCAAUAAGGGGAACUUCCUGGAGAUGAAAAAUAAAUUCCUGGCCCGGAGGUUCAAGUUCUGAACCAGCUGGAGGAGUUGCUGAGCGACAUGAAGGCGGAUGUGACCCGCCUGCCAGCCACGCUGUCCCGAAUACCCCCCAUCGCAGCCCGCCUUCAGAUGUCAGAGCGCAGCAUCCUCAGCCGGCUGGCCAGCAAGGGCACAGAGCCUCACCCCACACCGGCCUUUCCCCCGGGUCCUUACGCCACACCACCGGGAUACGGGGCAGCCUUCAGCGCCGCACCCGUAGGGGCCCUGGCCGCCGCAGGCGCCAAUUACAGUCAGAUGCCUGCAGGGUCCUUCAUCACAGCCACCACCAACGGCCCUCCAGUGCUGGUGAAGAAAGAGAAGGAAAUGAUGGGGGCGUUGGUGUCAGACGGGCUGGAUCGGAAGGAACCCCGAGCAGGGGAGGUGAUUUGUAUAGACGACUGACUGGAUCUCAGGCCUGCCCUUCACCUAGGCCCCGACCCCGGAGCCGACCCACAUCUCAGGCCUUGGGGCCUGCUGCCAACCCUCCACCUUCCCCACCCCUUGGGCCACCACUGGGCUAGGAGCCCUUUUGCCCCUCUAUAACUUCUCCCUCAAAAAGGACCCCUAUCUCUCUCCGCCUCCACACACCUUUCCCACCAAACCUUGAAGACUGUGCUGGUGUGAAGAGGUCUGGGUGGGAGAUGGUUAGCAGGGUCUUCCAAGUACCCUUAUUCCUCACCACCAAAUACACGGCUUCCCACUAAAUGAUUGUCAGGACGGAAGAGGUGGAGCCCUCAGUCCUUCCCUGCAGUAUCACCUCCGCCUCCUUCAAAAGUGGGGGUUACCCUUGCCUGGCCUUUAGGAACUUUUGUGAGGAGAAGAGCAACAAAAAGCAGGAGAACUGCAUCACAGAGGGAUGAAAAUAGCAUCGGGAUUAAAAAGGGGAGAGGAGGGGUGGCGGCUUGUCACCACCCCCGCCUCUUCCGGAUGGAGGGUGCAGCAGCUACAAGAGAGGGAGUUGAUUGCUGUUGCGCCUCACCUCCUGUGUACCAGCAUCUUGUAUUAGGAACAUUUCUCCUCCCUGGGGACCAAGGACCACCCCUACAUAACGGUUGGGUGAUACUCCCUCAAGCCAAAGAGGAGCUCCCCGACCUGUUCUAGGAAACCUAGAAAGGGUGGGAGAGAAUACAGAGGGCCAGACUUGGGGGCAGAUCUCCACUCUGGGGCUCAGGUUUCUGGGGGACUUAAAUCCUCCCUCCUCAAGGCCUGGAUACAGACUAAAUUUGAGUAAGUCAUGCCAGGGGCCUAGUCAGGAGACUACCUUGCCUGUGGGACCAGAGCAACAUAGUGGAUAACAGGCUAGGGAGAUAUGGGCACAUUCCCCCUCCACGGAGGGGCUGGGGAGGGGCAGUUUGCAUGGGAACCCCCACUUCCUCCUUGCUGCCCCUUUCCCAGGCUUGGCUCCCACUCCUGGUCUGUCCCAAUCCCCUCUUCUGUAUCAGGUUAUCGGUUGUACAUAUAAAUUAUACUUUCCUUUC